AUGUUGUCAAUUUUAUAUCUUCUUUAUGACUAUAUGAAAUGUGUUUAUGCUAAAGAAAAGAAAAGUAAGCAAUUAAUAUGCAUCUCAUUUAGUCUCCCUUAUGUUGUGCUUAAAAUCAUUCUUUUACUCACAUACAUCGUUUGCCAAAAUGAUAUUGUAAAGAUUAACAAUUUUAGCUUCUUUGAUGUAUGCUAUGAAAACCAGUUUAAGUAUCUUUGACUUGCAUUC